CAACGACCCAACAAAUUCUCCCCCCUAGGAAAAAGAUCACAAUAUCUCAAUAUGUCAUUCACACAUGAGACCGAGGAAGUAAUCUACUGCAUCUCUUAAUUGUCUUAUAACCAUGGCUUCAUAUUCGGAUAUUCUCUGCUUAGUUGCAUUUAUUCUUUUCCAUGCAAUCCUCAUCGCUUUAGAUUCCUCCGGCUUGCCGAUCAAUCCCUCCGGAAAUCAUUAUACUGCCGAAAAGCGAGGCCACGAUGGCAACAGCUAAGCCAAGUGAUCAGAAAGUGCAUAUCAGCGAACAGCCUAUCACACUAGGUAACUGGUAUCAGCAUGUCAAUUGGGUUAAUACGACCCUCAUCUUGAUCAUUCCCGUUCUGGGCUGCCCUGCCGCUUUCUAUACUCGCCUGCAGGUCCCAACAGCCAUUUGGGCAAUUGUCUACUACUUCUGGACUGGCUUGGGUAUUACUGCGGGCUAUCAUCGGCUCUGGGCACAUCGAUCAUACGAAGCAAGCCUGCCGUUGAAGAUAUUCCUUGCCUGUGUUGGCGGCGGUGCUAUACAAGGCUCUAUUCGCUGGUGGAGCAGUAAACACCGUGCCCAUCAUCGAUGGACCGAUACGAACAAGGACCCUUACAGCGUCCACAAGGGCGUGUGGUACUCUCAUUUCAUGUGGAUGGCCUUGAAACAGAACCCCAAGGAUAAAGGUCGCACCGAUAUCUCUGACUUGAACCAAGAUGCUGUGGUUAUCUGGCAGCACAAGCACUAUGGUUUUUUCAUUCUUGCUUUUGGCAUGCUUUUCCCGAUGAUGGUCGCCGGGCUAGGCUGGGGCGACUGGUAUGGUGGCCUGAUAUACGCAGGAAUCUUGAGAUGGUUCUUCGUCCAGCAAGCGACGUUUUGCGUCAAUUCUCUUGCUCAUUGGCUGGGUGAACAGCCGUUCGAUGACAGAAACUCUCCUCGCGAUCAUGUAGUCACUGCUCUUGUGACGCUGGGCGAGGGUUACCACAAUUUUCACCACGAAUUCCCAUCAGACUAUCGCAAUGCCAUUGAAUGGUGGCAGUAUGACCCAACCAAGUGGUCGAUCUGGGUGUGGAAACAACUCGGACUCGCCUCUAAUCUCAAGCAAUUCAGAGCCAACGAGAUUGAGAAGGGCCGUGUCCAGCAACUACAGAAAAAGAUCGACCAGAAGCGAGCCAAACUCGAUUGGGGAAUCCCCUUGGCUCAACUACCAGUCUUUACCUGGGACGAAUUCGUGCAAGAGUCUCAAAGCGGGAAGGCUCUUGUUGUCAUUGCUGGUGUGAUUCAUGAUGUGACCGACUUUAUCAAUGAGCAUCCCGGUGGUAAGGCGCUUAUUAGAUCUGGCAUUGGGAAAGAUGCGACUGCACUAUUCAACGGCGGAGUGUAUAAUCACUCUAAUGCGGCGCAUAAUCUGCUUUCUACUCUGCGUGUUGGUAUUGUCCGUGGUGGAGGUGAGGUUGAGAUUUGGCGGCAAGGACAUCCCGAGAAAAUCACGCCUGUCGGACUUGAUUGAAUUCGAUCUACUCGCAAUGAACGUUGACGGGAGGAGGCAUGUAGUUUUUUGAUGAUAUUGACUUUGAUAUCAUUAUGCCAUCUCCACUCUACGUUAUUUUUCUGCAAAAUUGAUCGACGAAAUUGAUACUUUGAAUGGAAUGGUUAAGAACUCAAGAUACGGAAAAAUUAAGGAUAACAUGCCCAUCUUACAGGGUCCUCUUUGUGAGGAUUAAAAAUCUUGAUACCUUGAUACUGUAGGAAAUGAAGGAACGCGAAUUGAAG